AGAAAACAGCAACACACUGACUUGCCUUUUUGUGUCUUUGAGAAGCCAGUUUCCAAGACCUGAGAUAAGCUUUGUUCUGCUGCUGGGAGAGAGAGGAAAAUACCACCUAUGGGUGAUGCUGAGUCAGCAUUAGACUCUUCGUGUGUAUUUGGUAGGUGAUCUGCUUUUCCAUGUAAAGUGGAGCUUUCCUGCUGAGUCAACUAUCCACCCGUGCAGCGUUGCUAUGAACGGGAGUCUGCACGGCCCGGCGGACUGUCAGGUGGGCGGUGUCUUCUCGGUAGAGGGGCUGCCGCCGCUGCCCAAGGGCCUGAGUGGCAUCCUGAACUCCAGCGGCGGGUCGUGGCGGGACAUCGAGAAGGUCCACAGCAAGAGAGCGCGCAUCCAAGCCGAUAUCAGCCGGGCCGGCGGGGACGCUGCGCACCACGGUCACGGAAAACCGGGUGGAUUGGACGCAGCUCUGGCUCUGCUGCGCAAAGAGAUGGUGGGUCUGCGUCAGCUCGACAUGUCUCUGCUGUGCCAGCUGUGGUCUCUCCAUGAAGCCAUCCAGGAGUACAAGGGCUCCUCGCUUCUGUCUGAGGCUUCGUUCAGUGGUGAUAAUGGAUACUCUGAGGAGGAAGACGAGGAGGAAGAUGAAGCAGAGGAGAACCAGCAGGAGAAAGGAGUUCCCUCACAGCAUUACUCGUCGUUGCCUCUGCCUGCACCCAGCAGCAACUCAAGGGACCAGUGGAUCAAAGAAUCCUUUCACAUUGCCUGAUAUUUUUUACUUUAUGAUGAAAGAUACAGAAACAUGGUCCAUGCAGUUCGCACUGUGAAGACAUCAUGACUGUAUUCCCUCAACAAUCAUCUCUCUUUAUUUUCUCUAGCUUUUAUGCCAUUUUAUCUUGUCUAGAUAUAGAUUAUCCACAUUCUUUUUACUUUUUGCAAAAUUAGUGCUUGUUUGAUAGAAACCUGACUGUACCUUUUAACCAAAAAUGACUUUAUUUUACAAUCAAUUGAUGUGAUUUGAAAUGUUUUUCUGAGGAGUUUAUAAUAUAAUUAGUAACGUAAGGUAUGUGGCAUAUGCAAAUGCAUCCAUUUGCACUUUAUUGAUUCUGAUUCAGUGAGUCUUUACUGGUGCCACUUGGAUUUGAUUGCAAUCUGAUUAGUUCAAGAUGCUUGAAGUGGCCUACAAUAUGCCUUGAUAAGGUGACAGUUGUUUUCUAUAUACAGUGUUGUAAAAGUCUGGAUACAUAGGGAUACACUACACUUUUUGUCAUCUCUUCUCCACAUUUUCUGAUCUACACAGGGACCAAAAUGGAGUUUUUGUUGAGGUUUUGGUAGAUUUACAGUACCAGUGAAAAGUUUGGACCCAUUUUCUCAAAUUCAAAUGAACGGGAAAGGAACUUUUGACUGGUACUGUAUUAGUGAUGAUUUUGCACAGCAAUGGUUGGUAAAUCUCUGCCUUGUCUGCACAGACAAUUUUACUUGGUUUUAAUGUUUUUCUCUUCACUAAUGUGCAUUUUAUCUGUCUCUGGGCCAUUAAAUUAAAGCAAAUCAAUGGCUCUUCAGCAAAGGCAGCUAAAUAAUAUCUGAACUUGUCCUUACUGGAUAUUGUGUGUUGCAGCAGAAAUUAUGCCAACAAAAAGAGGAAAAAAAUCAUGACAGGUAACAAGUGAGAACAGAUGUUAUCUCCUUUUUUCAUUUUAAUUGCAUCAUUUACAAGCUUCAACAUGCUGCAGCUGCUUGGUUUUUUUGCACCAAAUUGCACUGAGCAUGAGCUGGCUGGGAUAUUUGUAGGACUGGUAAUGACGGUGUGAGGUGAAAUUAGGUUAGUUUUAGGCUUGGGCGGUAUUUUUUCAUAUCGUCCUGACAUUUGACCGCGGUAUACGGUAAUAUGUCGGUAUUGGAAUAAAUUUUUAAAAAAAAACAUAAAAGCUGAGGUGCUGGCGAUAGGAGUCAUUGUAGCAUAUGUGAAACAGUAUUAUCUAGCAGUGUGGUGCAGGACUUUUUAAUACCUGCACCACCUGACUCCUUAUGAGAGCCAAUGUCAGUCAACCACCUGAACCCGACCUGACCCACAAACAGCCAGCUGCGUAGAAAAUACGUGAUGAAUACGACUGCGUGCGUAGGUAGGUACAAGAUAAAACUUUAGAGGAAGACAAUUAACACUGUCUUACCUGUUCAUCCGAGACCACAGAAGAGAUGCAGAUGAAUAAAUGCCAGGAAUAAAGUUACUGGAAGCCAUACCAUGAAUAUCAGCUCAAACGAAGAAAAGUCG